GAAUCAACAACGCCAUUCAUGAGUGUAUUUGCCAAAGCAGCCUUCGACAAAGUCAUGCGAACCAUUGCAGAAGAGGUUGCAGAAGGUAGGCAAAUUGUUUGUGCCCUUCCAGCAAAGGGGAGCGAACUGGUCAACGAAAAGGAACGCAAGAAAGCAAGGGUUUCAUCCCCGAAAAUUGCGGCUGGAAGUAAGGGGAAGGAGAAGAUGGUUGAUGAUUCUGAAGGAUUGGUUGCUCCUAGAAGAAGGUCUUACAGGAAGAGGACGAACAACGGGGUCAUGAUCUUUGACCAAGAAGACAUACAUAAGGACAGUGAAAGUGAAAACAGUGAUGAUCAUCUCAUAGAGCUCUUGAAAGGGGAUGGAUAUUCUGCUCUAGCUUAUGAAAGCGAAGAAUAUCAUAUCAUAGAGAUUGUUAGUGAUACUAGUGUUAGUGACGACGAGGUUACAGGGUAUUACUAAGCCCGGCUUAUAACUAUUAGUGAAGAUGUACAGCAGUUGCAUAUUUAGGAGAUUUUUUGGGCACAUACUUUUUGGAACAGAUUGGCAGAUAUGGUGCAUCUCUAUUAUAUAGCUUAAGUUACUUAGAUUUUGGCUCCUUAGAAUACGGGAAUGAUUAUGUUAAAACUUUCUAGGUUAUUAUGUUUCACCAUCUAUGGAUAUUAUUUUGGAUUGUGUAUAGUGGUCACUUUUAUAUAAAUGCAUAUUUCUUUCUUUGAUAAUCUAUAAUUUCUUUCUUCCAUUUAUGUUAAUUUUCUGAAUUAUUAGGCAAAAUAAGUAAAUAAAUAAAUAAUAUUAAAAAUUACGUAGCAUUAUUAUUAAAUAUCAUUAUAAAAAUUUGGUGCAUCUAAAAAGCUAUUUUAUAAAAUUUUGCAGUUGCAUCUAAAUAUAAUUAGGAGCAACAUGUAUAAAUACCCCUAAAUGUUUUUUGAACCUAUGAAACGUAAUUGCAUCUAAAUAUAAUCUGUGGCAAAAUUUAUAGUUGCAUCUAAACAUAAGUGGUUUUAGAAACAAUAUUUGUGUGCCCCAAAAACUAAGCAAUAGAUGCAACUUAAAAUUAGAGACAAACUUAUGGUUGCCUCUAAAUAUAAAUGGUCUAAUCACCAAUGUAACAUGUGUGCCCCAAAAAUAUGGCAUUAGAGGCAACCUAUAAUUAGCGACUGCCUGGUGGUCGCCUCUAAAUGUAAGUGGCUUUAGCAACAAUUCAAGUUUUGUGCCUCAAAAGGGUGGGAUUAGGGGCAACCAACAAUUAGCAACACCUUAACUUGUCUGUCUCUAAAAGGUGGCAUUAGGGGCAACCAACAAUUAGCAACAACAUAACUUGUCUGUCUCUAAAAGGUGGCAUUAGGGGCAACCUAUAAUUAGCGACGGACUAAUUAGAGGCAGCGAGAAAAUUGCUUCUAAACACCAUUAGAGGCUACAGAUGUAUAUUUAGAUGUAAUUUU